AUUCAUUCAACAACAACGACAACGAUGGACAACGACAGCAGUGGUGGUGGUGAAGGUGUCGCUGAUGGUGGUGGUGGUGGUGGCACCAAUUGGUUCUACGCCAUCCUCGGCCAAGUCCUCCAUAUGUUCUAGCAGCUUGGGUGGGUUCAUCGUCGGGGGUGUUGACGCUGCUCUACAUUGGGUACAGGAACAUGAGGCCCAGGAUCCAGCAAGUGAAGCAGAAGCUGACAGAGCUGCCUGAAGUGCACACGGAUGAACAGAAGAUGAUGGCGGCGCGGGCACGGCAGGUGGAGCGCAACCUGCGCCUUGCUGAGGAAGCAGAGCGCCUGCGACAAGAAAAGAAGCGCCAAGAAAAGCUCGAGGACAAGGCAACCAAGAAGCCCCUGCGGCGCCAGUUUGGUGACGAUGAUGCCGGCCCCCGCUCCAACCUUGCUCCGUCACUGCUCGGCCGCGGCGAUGGUGGUGCUCGCCCCCGCUUCCGCCGCCCUCCAGCCCGCAGAGGCGGAUGAGGUUAAAGGACGGCCCG